AUGGAUUUCGACAGCCUCCCGAGAAGAGAUCUUCAGUUUUUCUGCAAAAGGAACAAAAUCCCGGCCAAUAUGACCAAUAUCGCCAUGGCCGACGCUCUCAAAGCUCUUGAGAUUGUUGAAGGAAUUGAGGAGUUCGCGAAUCGAUCACCAACGAGUGUAGCAUUGCCAAGUGGUGCUCGUACUGCAGCUAGAAAGAAGAGCACGAAAGAUGAGACUCAGUCCUCAGAGCUGGUGACUCGGUCUUGCCUUGUGACGAGCAAGUCCCUAGCAGGAGAGAUGGAUCAAGAGAACACAAACGCGAAUGUGCUCCAGAACCCAUCGUUACUACCUCUAAGCCGGAGAGGAGCAGCAGCUACCUCGGUUGCUAUCAAUUUGGAGGCUGCAGCUACAGCUACUCCAGUGGCGAGAAGCACAAGAAAGGCUCAGGUUGCUGCAUCCUCUAAGAAGGAGGAGUCGGUCCAGCGAGUUUACAGCACUCGAAGGUCUGUCAGAUUGUUGGAAGAAUCCAUGGCUGACCUUAGUUUGAAAUCCACAGUUGCACCAAAGAACAAAGAUGCUGAAAAAGAAGAUUCUUCACAAGGUUCCGAAUUCCAGGGAAAAUCGGAUGAAAACACCGAGGAGGCUGAAGUAAUCUCGGUGAGAGAUUUGAAUGAUUCGUUGGAGAAGGAAUGGGAUGGUUCCAAGAAUGAUCCAGAUCUUGAUGUCUUAUAUGGUGAUCUUGGUGAUAUCACUUUCUCUGAUGCAAACACCACUGCGGAGCAGAUGAGUGGCAUAGAGUCCUACACUGUUUCAGCGUCGGAGAGUUUUGUUUUGGUCGAAGAACAAGUAUCGCAGGAGGAGGAUUUCGUAGUUGUAGACCAUGCUGCUGCUUCUACCACCACCACAAACAUUGUGGCUUGCAGCAAACUAUCAGAGGAAGCUGAUCCAUGUGAGGAGGAUGAUGAUUCUGGUGUUGUGGUUGACACAAACCAAGAGGCGUUUGGAUCUGAAGUCGCUGCUAGUGAUAAGGUAGACUGUGUCCCAACAGUUGUGGCAGCUGAUGAUGAAUCAGAAGAAAGCGAGCUGGAGGUAGAAGAGAUGGAUGAGUCUGAUGAGGUGGCUCCAAUGUCAGACAAGAAGAAGACUCAAGAUUUUUCUUCUUCUUCUGAGAAAGAAGCUGAACCAGAGAGCGAAGAUGAAUGGUCUGAUUAUGAUCCACGCGAAAUUGAUGUGAAGCUGGAUUUGGCUGCACUUGGAGACAUCAACAACAAGAACAAGGAUGAUGUUGAGGUCCUUGAGGAGAUAGUUGUUAACAACAACGGAGAGAUUAAAGCAGAGGCCGAGCCUAAAAAGACGAAGAAGAAAAAGACGGUCGAUGAAGAGAGCCUCAAAGCCGUAAGCAGGAGGCAACUAACGAAGAUGGUGAGAGAACUUGCUAUUAAGAGCAAGCAGCAACAGGACAAGUGCGCAGAGUAG